CUCUUUUUGUAAUUUUCACAGAAAAACGUAGUUUCUCGAAGCCUGAACAUUCCGUGUUGCCGCUCCCAAACCUAAACCCCCACGCGGCCACGCCACACACUGAUACAGAGCUCCACUGCCUCCGGUCACCCCAAAGCUUACAAUCGCAGAACGCAAAAUAAAUCGCAGAUAUCUACAUCGAACAAUUGUUCUUCAAUCGAUUUUCUGAUUAGAGAUUUAUUUCACGAGAAAAGAAGAGAGCGAAAAUGCCUCCAAAGCAAUCUAAAACGGAUUUAGCAAAGAAGCAGAAGGUAGUAGAGGACAAGACAUUCGGAUUGAAGAACAAGAACAAGUCCAAGAAUGUCCAGAAAUACGUCCAAUCUCUCCAACAAUCAGUCCAGCCCAAACCUGACCCCAGCAAAAUCAAUGCCAAGAAGAAGAAAGAGGAAGAGAAGGCAAAAGAAAAGGAGCUCAAUGAAUUAUUUAAAGUUGCUGUCAGUCAGCCCAAAGUCCCAGUUGGUGUUGAUCCAAAGUCGAUAGUGUGCGAGUUUUUCAAGGUGGGACAGUGUGCUAAGGGUUUCAAGUGCAAGUUCUCACAUGAUUUGAGUGUGCAGAGGAAAGGAGAGAAGAUUGAUGUCUAUAGCGAUAAGCGCGACGAAGGACAAGGAACAAUGGAGGACUGGGAUCAGGAGACCCUGGAGAAGGUUGUAGCAUCCAAGAGCAAUGAAUACAACAAGAAUAAGCCUACUGAUAUAGUAAGUCUUCAUUAUUCAAUUCACUAUUUAUAUUUCACAGUUACAAUCUUUGGGGUGAAUGCCAGUGUUCUACUUUCGUCGGUAUUUUACCCUUCACUAUUAAUUAUUGUUGUUGUUGUGUAUAGAAAUUGUAAAAGUUAUGGCAGAUGAAGCUAGAAAUAAUCCGAAAUAGACGGAAAUCUUUGUAGCAAAUACAUCCAUUUUGCAAUAUAGACUUGUAUAUCACCUAAAGUAGUUUGUGAGAAAUAAAUAGAUUCCAAUAUUUAAGGAAAAUGAGUUUCUCAAAACCACCA